AUGGCGAAUACAGUGAAGAGCGGGGCGUCAUUCAUCUUCCCGCUUUGCGCGGCAGAUCUGGUUUGGGGACAAAUUCGCUACUCGAUUCCCGAGGAGCUGGAACAUGGGGCCUUUGUUGGGAAUAUCGCUGAGGAUUUAAAACUAACGAUCCGGGAGUUAUCCACUCGCACGUUUCGGCUGGUCUCCGAUGAACGGAACCAAUACUUGGAGGUAAAUCUGGAAAAUGGAAUUUUACUUGUUAAAGAAAGAAUCGACAGAGAACACCUUUGUAGACAAAGCUGUACCUGUUCCCGUUCUUUCCAAAUUGCGCUCGAUAAUCCGCUGGAAAUGCAUCGCGUUGCAGUGGAGAUCUUAGAUGUAAAUGACAAUUCACCCAGUUUUUCAAAAGACGUUUAUCCUUUACGGAUUAUUGAGUUUACCGCGCCAGGAGUGCGUUACCCUCUCGAAAGCGCGUACGACCCGGACGUCGGUACAAACACCAUCAGUACUUAUCAGAUCAGUCCAAACGCACAUUUCGGUCUCAAAGUGCAGACAAGAAGCGAUGAGAGUAAAAUGGCAGGAUUAUUAUUAGAAAAACCGUUGGACCGUGAACAACAGUCAACAUUUCAUCUUGUGCUGACGGCCGUUGACGGUGGCAUUCCGCAGAGAUCUUGUACUGCUCAGAUCAUCAUCAGUGUUAUGGAUGCGAAUGAUAAUGCUCCUGUAUUUGAUCAUGGAUUAUACAGGACUAAUGUACCAGAAAACUCCCCGAAAGGCACCUUAGUGAUAAAAGCCAAUGCUGUUGAUUUAGAUGAAGGCACAAAUGCGGAAUUAGAAUAUUCUUUCACCAGUCACACAUCGCCAAGAGCUCGCGAGUUGUUCAGAUUGGAGAGAGGAACUGAAGAGAUCAGAGUUGAAGGAGUACUGGAUUUUGAAGAAAACAAUAUUCAUGAGCUUGAUGUAGAAGCUGAAGGUCAGUAUGCAAUGGCAGGGCAUACCAAAGUAAUGGUGGGACUAAUUGAUGUGAAUGAUAACACCCCGGAGGUAGAGGUCGCGUCCGUAUCCAGUACCGUUGCGGAAGAUGCGCGAACCGGGACUGUGAUAGCUGCAAUAAAUGUAAGGGAUCCAGAUAUUGGUAAAAAUGGGCAGGUUCAAUGUGAAGUGAUUCCGUUUAAGCUUCAGAAGACUUUCAGUAACAACUAUAAAUUGGUUUCAAACGACAUUUUGGAUUGCGAAACGGAUCCACUGUACAACAUAACCAUUUCAUGUUGGGACAGCCGAUCUCCUCCGCUUGCAACAACUAAAAACAUAUUGGUGUCUAUUUCCGACGUAAAUGAUAAUGUGCCAAAAUUUACACAGCUCUCAUAUAAUGUGUUUUUGAUGGAAAACAAUGAACCUGGUGCUUCAAUAAUUGCUGUCACUGCUUUGGAUCCAGAUUUACAUCAGAAUGGAGCGGUGUCCUAUUCAUUGCUGGAAAAUCAGAUGCAAAAUGUGUCUACGUCUUCUUACAUAACAGUUAAUUCGAAGAGUGGGGACAUUUACGCGCUGCAUUCCUUUGCCUAUGAACAGUUGAAGAAUUUCCAGAUCAAUGUCCAAGCUCAGGAUGCUGGGUCUCCUCCACUGAGCAGCACCGCCAUCGUGAAUGUUAUUAUCCUGGACCAAAAUGACAAUGCUCCGAUUAUUGUUUCACCUUUAACGUGCAACAGUUUAGUACCAGUGGAAAUUCUCCGUCAGUCCAUACAUCCAGGAUACGUUGUCACCAAAAUAAUCGCAACUGACGCAGAUUCUGGUAUGAACACACGGCUUUCCUUCCAAAUGUUGGACGCUUCUGAUUCCAGUCUUUUCAGCGUGGGCCUACACUCAGGAGAAAUCAGAACAGUCCGAAGUUUUAAAAACCAAGACGUCAACAUACAAAAAGUGAUCAUCAUGGUAAAGGACAAUGGGCAACCCAGCCUCUCCAGCACGGCGACCAUCUGCUUUUCAGUCUCCGCCAAUGUUUCUGAAAAGCCUUCGGUCCAAAGUCAUCAAGCCAGUAAUCCUGAUCACUUUUCCGAACUGAAUAUUUAUUUAAUCAUCACUUUUGGCUCAACAUCCUUUAUAUUUCUUGCAACCAUCAUAUUUCUGGUCGUGCUGAAGUUCAAACAGGACAGGAAUGUCAAUAAUUCUAAUCCCACAAGUUGUUGUUGCUGUAAGCGGAGCAAUUCGAAUGAUGCUUUUAAUCGGAGAACUGUCCCAAAAGACUUAAGUUACAGACGAGCACUGCAGACACUCCCCAUUUCUGAGGCUUAUCAGUACUCUGUCUGUCUAGCUCCAGAAUCAUCCAAAACUGACUUCUUGUUCCUAGAACCCUGCGAAGCAACCUUACCUCUGAAUGACUUGAAUGUUCAUAAUCCAUGUGCCCUGCAGUUUCCAUGCCCCUUUGCCUUCAACCUGACAAGGGCAUAUGAGCAGAUGAACCGCAGAGGUUGCCAUGAUGCUCGACAGGAGAAGGAUGGGAAGAAGGGUUCUCAUGAGGAAACCAAUCCUCCCACGAUGUUCAGGGACUAUUUCACCUAUCUCAACACCAGCGAUAAGGAAUUUGUGCAAUGUGUCCAGUUCACGAAUGAGCUACCAACUGAAAUCCACGAAGUGCUCCUGAAGCUUCAGAGGAGAACAAAGUUAACAUUUCCAUUGUCUGUAAAAGUGACCAUAUCUAGGAACUUCUUUGUAUGGGCUUCUUCUAAAACGGAGCAGGUGGCAUCACCAAAACCUCAUGGUUCACCGUCCAUUGUUGUGAAUUGUCAGCUCGCAAAAUGUCGCCUGAUCUCUGAUACCAGCACGCAAUACAUGGAGGUCAAUCUGGAAAAUGGGUUGUAUUUGUUAAUGAACGAAUCGACAGGGGAGAGCUUUGUAGACAAAGCUCUAUCUGCUCCCUACCUUUUCAAAAGGCACUCGAUAACCCGCUGUCGUGUUGUAGUGGAGAUAGUAGAUGUAAAUGAUAAUUCACCUAGCUUUUCAAAGGACGAAUUUUCUUUACAGAUUAUUAAGGUAAUCACACCAGUAGCACGCUUCUCUCUUGAGAGCGCGCACGAUCCAAAUGUGGGCACGAAUGCUAUCAGCACUUACCAGAUCAGCCCAAACGAACGCUUCAGCCUUAAAGUGCAGACUAGCUGCGAUGGGAGUAUAAUUGCUGAAUUGUUCUUAGAGAAACGUUUUGACCAUGAGCAACAGGCAACAUUUCACCUUGUUCUGACAGCCAUUGAUGGUGCGGUACCCCAUAGAACGGGCAGCGUUCAGAUAAUUAUCAUUAUUAUGGACGCGAAUGAUAACGCACCUGUAUUUGAUCACGAAACAUACAGUACUAAUGCUCUAGAAAACAUUCCCAGAGGCACGUUAGUGAUAAAAGUAAAUGCUGUUGAUUUAGAUGAAGGUACAAAUGCUGAUCUAACAUAUUUUUUCGCGAGUCACACUUCCCAAAGGGCUCGUGAGCUGUUCAAGUUAGACCCGAGAAGCGGGGAGAUUAGAGUUGAAGGGAUUCUGGAUUUUGAAGAAUCAAAUAUUUAUGAACUUGGGGUGGAAGCUGUGGAUAAACGUUCAUACGCAAUGGCAGCACGUGCCAAUGUUAUGGUCGGAUUAAUUGAUAUGAAUGAUAAUGCCCCCGAGUUAGGGAUGACGUCGAUAUCCAAUACUGUCUCGGAAAAUGUGCAGUUGGGAUGCUUGAUAGCUGCGAUCAAUGUUAGCGAUGCGGACUCGGAUGAUAAUGGGCGUGUUCACUGUGACGUCGAUAUGAAUGUUCCAUUUAAGCUACAGAAGACUUUCAACAACAACUAUAAAUUGGUUACAAACGAUAUUUUGGAUCGUGAAAAGACCGCACUAUUUAACAUAUCUAUCACCGCCCGGGAUAGAGGAUCUCCUCCCCUUGCUGCAAGCAAACACAUACUUAUGUCAGUUUCUAAUGUAAAUGAUAACGCGCCGAAGUUUACACAGGCCUCAUACAAUGUCUUUGUGCUGGAGAUCAAUAGGCCUGGUACCCCCUUAUUUUCUGUUAUCGCUUUGGAUCCGGGUUUGGAUCAGAAUGCAGAAAUUUCAUUUUCUAUGCUGGAAAAUCGUCAAGAAGGUUUGUCUCCCUAUGUACAUAUUAGCUCAAGGAGUGGGAAUAUUUAUGCGCCACUUUCCUUUGACUAUGAACAGCGGAAAAAAUUCAAGAUCAAUGUCCAAGCUCAGGAUGCUGGAUCUCCUCCAAUGAGCAACACUUCCAUCGUUAUUAUUAUUAUCCUGGACCAAAAUGACAAUGCCACGGUUAUUGUUUCACCGUUAUCUUGGAAUAGUGCAGCAGCCAUGGAGAUUGUGCCCCAAUCCCUAUAUCCAGGAUACUUGGUCACCAAGUCGUACACCACAUGGGAGCACAUGCAAUUUGGAGCUGUCGAAAUUCGGCUCCCAAAGCCCCUCAAGUGUUUUGACAUUGACUUCCUGGUCUCGAGCUCCCUUCAGACCUUCCUUAUACAUGGAGGAAAGAUCAAGGAGAUUCUCAUUCUCCAAUGCUACUGCCGUCUGCAGCGUCAGUUUGUACAGAGCCCGCAUACUACAGGAAUAUGUGAGAUCCUAGAUGUUUACAACGUGAUGCAAUCGCGAGCAAUGGCGAAAGCACCCAGCCGCCGGUUGCAUUGUAUAUACCUAAUGUGUGUCUGGGACCUAGUUUUCGGACAAAUUCGGUACUCGAUCCCUGAAGAACUGGAGCGCGGUACGUUUGUUGGUAAUAUCGCCGAAGAUUUAGGCCUCAGCAUUCGAGAGAUGACAAUUCGUAAAUUUAGGCUGGUCUCUGAUGGCGGCGCACAGUUAUUGAAGGUGAACAUGAAGAAUGGCAUUUUAGUUGUGAACGAGAGAAUCGACAGGGAAAUUCUCUGUGGGCGAAGCUCGACCUGUUCUGUUUCUCAGGAUGUAACGGUAGAAAAUCCUUUGGAAAUGCAUCGCAUUGACGUGGAGAUAUUAGAUGUAAAUGACAACUCGCCCAGUUUUGCCAGAAGCAGAUAUUCUUUACAAAUCUCUGAGUCGACUGCAAAAGGAGCUCUUUUCCCUCUCGAGAGCGCGCACGAUCCAGACGUCGGCACAAACACAGUGAGUGUUUAUCAGAUCAGCACAAACAAGCAUUUUGGUUUGGAGACUCACAGCAGAAGCGAUGGGAGUAAAAUUGCAGAAUUAAUGUUAGAAGACCAGCUAGAUCGCGAGAAACAGUCGAUAUUUCACAUAAUACUGACGGCACUUGACGGUGGGAUUCCUCGGAGAUCUGGCACUGCAGAAAUAAUCAUUACUGUGCUGGACAGCAAUGAUAACGCUCCCGCGUUCAAUCAUCAAAUAUAUAGGGUUAACAUAAUGGAGAACGCACCAAAAGGUAACUUGGUGAUAACAAUAAACGCUACUGAUUUAGAUGAUGGAACAAAUGGCGAGUUAAAAUACUUUGUAACUAAUCACGUUUCUCAAAAAAUUCAGGAGUUGUUCAGUUUGGACCCAGAAACAGGACAGAUUCGAGUUCAAGGCUCACUGGACUAUGAGGAAAAUAAUGUUUAUGAACUUGAGGUACAAGCUGUGGACAAUGGUACACCCGCAUUAACUGGGCGCGCCGAGAUUCUUGUUGGAUUAAUUGAUGUUAAUGAUAACCCGCCGGAAUUAAAAUUGACCUCGGUAUCCAGUAACGUGCGGGAAGAUGCUGCUUUCGGAUUGGUUGUCGCUCUAAUAAGUGUGAUGGAUCGAGAUUCUGGUGAAAAUGGACAGGUACAGUGUCAGUUGCCUCCAAAUAUCCCGUUUAAACUUCAAAAGUCUUUGAUUAAUCAGUACAAAUUGGUAGUCAGCGGCACACUGGAUCGCGAAACGACUCCGCUAUACAACAUCUGCAUUUCAGCCUGGGAUGCAGGGUCACCCGCUCUUUCAACAAAUAGAACCAUCCUCAUUUCUAUUUCUGAUGUAAAUGAUAAUGCUCCACGGUUUACACAACCGUCAUAUAGCGUGUUCCUGAUGGAAAAUAAUACUCCAGGCUCAUCGAUAUUUGCUGUUACUGCUUUAGACCCUGACUUAGACAAGAAUAGUGAGGUAUCAUAUUUUCUUUUGGAGAGUCGUUUGGAAGAUGUUUCCGCAUUUGGCGACGUUACUGUUAACUCUGAAAGUGGGCACAUUUACGCCCUGCGUUCUUUUGACUAUGAAAUACGGAAGAAUUUUCAGAUCAAAAUUAAAGCUCAGGACGCUGGAAUUCCCCCUUUUAGCAGCACUGCCAUCGUGAAGAUUAUUAUUUUAGACCAAAAUGACAAUGUUCCAGUUAUUGUUUCACCUUCAAUGUACAACAGCUCAGUGGCGGUGGAGGUUGUAUCCAAGUCGGCACAUCCAGGAUACUUGGUUUCCAAGGUAAUUGCUGCAGAUGCAGAUUCCGGACAGAACGCACGGCUUUCCUAUCAGCUCAUAGAAGCCACCGAUCGUACUGUUUUUAGUGUUGGAUUUAACUCUGGAGAAAUCCGAACAACUCGAAGAUUCCGAGACCAAGAUGCCCUGACACAGAGGCUUGUAAUUUUGGUAAAGGACAAUGGGCAGCCCAGUCUCUCCAGUACGGUGACAAUUCUGUUUUCAGUCCUGGCUAACGUUACUGAAAACUUCUCUGAGCGAAAAAACAAGCCUAGAAAUCCCGAAUUAUUUUCAGAUUUAAAUUUGUUGCUAAUCAUAACUUUAGGGUCAACCUCAUGUAUAUUUCUAUUAAUAAUAUUGCUUUUGCUCGCCCUUAAGUGCAGACAAGACAGGAAUAUUUACGGAUCCACAUCCGGAAUUUGUUGUUACAGACGGAGGAAUUUCUCUGAUGCCUUUAAUGUUCGACGUGUCCCAGAAACAACUUUUAAUUACCCCGACAGUGCUCAAACUUUGCCUAUCCGGGAAUCGUAUAAUUAUACGGUUUGUCUCUCCCCUGAAUCCUCUAAGAGUGAUUUUUUGUUUUUAAAACCGUGCCAUCCGACCUUGCCUCUCGAUGAUGUCAACAUUCGUAACACAGGGAAACCCGUCGUAAUUUAUGGUCAGGAAACGUCGAUGCUGAAUCCAUUGUGGGAAAUUCUGAAUUCGUCGAGCAUAAACUCGUACAAUAGCGAAUAUCUUCGCCGGUGCGGUGUGUUGUGUUUUACUGUUCUCUGUCCCGGAUCUGGUUUUCGUAAAAAUUCGCCACACUCUUCCCGAGGAAUUGGGAAUUGGAUCCUUUUACCAAACAUCACUGAAGAAUUAAGGAUAAACGUCCAGGAAUUAUCAGCUUGGACGUUUCAGCUUCUUUCUGAUGAUGGGAAGCAAUAUUUCAAGGUUAACGCGGAAACUGGGAUGUUACUUACUAAGGAGCGAAUGGACAGGGAGCAGCUUUGCACGGAACGCUUAACAUGUUCCAUGUUUUUAGAAAUAACACUGGAAAAUCCUUUCGAAGUAUUUCCUCUCGAAGUCGAGAUAUUUGAUGUAAAUGACAAUUCAUCGGUUUUCCCAAAAUGUAGAUUGCUCAUCCCUGAGCCAGUAGCAACAGGUAAAACUGACAUCGCUGACCAAACGGUCCCGGAGAAUGACGCCCCGGGCACUCUGUUCGCGGCAUUCAGUUUCAUGGAUCGAGAUUCUGGGGGUAACGAUCAGACUCGGUGUGAAAUUACGGCCAAUUUGCCAUUCAAACUUGAAACAAUGAGGAAUCAUUACAAAUUGGAAACAACAGAUAUGCUGGAUUGCGAAUCUACUGCAAUGUACGACGUACGUAUUUUUGCCUGCUUAAAGGCUAACACAGGUAGAGGAAAAGGUGACUGCCGAGAACUCGGGAAGGAUCAGCCAAGGUGCCAACGUAAGGAAUUCCACGAAGCUUCCACAGAACAAUCUACUGUGGAUGAGAACGGGCAGCCAGCGGCCAUGUUGCACAAUGGUAUCAAUAUCGUUCGUAGAAAUAACUAUCCGUCCCAAGGAUCCGAUCCAAGUACCCUGCUCACAGCGCCAAAUUAUUAUGGUGUCUUUGAUGAACAAUACACAGGAGACUCAGUUUUUCUAUCCCUAGAUAUAUUGGAUGUAAAUGACAACUCGCCCAGUUUUGCCAAAAGCAGAUAUUCUUUACAAAUCUCUGAGUCGACUGCAACAGGAGCUCUUUUCCCUCUCGAGAGCGCGCACGAUCCAGACGUCGGCACAAACACAGUGAGUAUUUAUCAAAUCAGCACUAACAAGCACUUUGGCCUGAAGACUCACAGCAGAAGAGAUGGGAGUAAAAUUGCAGAAUUGACGUUGGAAAACGCCUUAGACCGCGAGAAUCAGUCGACAAUUCAGUUAAUACUGACGGCAAUUGACGGUGGAAUUCCUCGGAGAUCUGGCACUGCAGAAAUAAUCAUUACUGUGCUGGACAGCAAUGAUAACGCUCCCGCUUUCGAUCAUCAAAUAUAUAGGGUUAACAUAAUGGAGAACGCACCAAAAGGUACCUCAGUGAUAACAAUAAACGCUAAUGAUUUAGAUGAAGGAACAAAUGGCGAGGUAAAAUACUUUUUAACUAGUCACGUUUCUCAAAAGGUUCAGGAGCUGUUCAGUUUGGACCCAGAAACAGGACAGAUUCGAGUUCAAGGCUCACUGGACUAUGAGGAAAAUAAUGCUUAUGAACUUGACAUACAAGCUGUGGACAAUGGUACACCCGCAUUAGCUGAGCGCGCCGAGAUUCUUGUUGGAUUAAUUGAUGUUAAUGAUAACCCGCCGGAGUUAAAAUUGACCUCGGUAUCCAGUAACGUACGGGAGGAUGCGGCAUUCGGGUCAGUAGUCGCUCUAAUAAGUGUGAUGGAUCGAGAUUCUGGUGAAAAUGGACGGGUACAGUGUCAGUUGCCUCCAAAUAUCCCGUUUAAACUUCAAAAGUUUUUGAAUAAUCAGUACAAAUUGGUAGUCAGCGGCACACUGGAUCGCGAAACGACUCCGCUAUACAACAUCUGCAUUUCAGCAUGGGAUGCAGGAUCACCCGCUCUUUCAACAAAUAGAACCAUCCUCAUUUCGGUUUCUGAUGUAAAUGAUAAUGCUCCACGAUUUAAACAACCGUCAUACAGUGUGUUUCUGAUGGAAAACAAUACUCCAGGUACUUCGAUAUUUGCUGUUACUGCUUUAGACCCUGACUUAGACAAGAAUGGCGAGGUGUCAUAUUAUCUUUUGGAGAGUCGCAUACAAGAUGUUUCCGCGUCUGGCGACGUUACGGUUAACUCUGAAAGUGGGCACAUUUACGCGCUGCGCUCCUUUGACUACGAAUUACAGAAGAAUUUUCAGAUCAAAAUUAAAGCUCAGGACGCUGGAACUCCCCCUUUGAGCAGCACUGCCAACGUGAAUAUUAUUAUUUUGGACCAAAAUGACAAUGUUCCAGUUAUUGUUUCACCUUCAAUGUACAACAGCUCAGUGGCGAUGGAGGUUGUAUCCAAGUCGGCACAUCCAGGGUACUUGGUUUCCAAGGUAAUUGCUACAGACGCAGAUUCCGGACAGAACGCACGGCUUUCCUAUCAGCUCAUAGAAGCCACCGAUCGCAGUGUUUUUAGUGUGGGAUUUAACUCUGGAGAAAUCCGAACAACUCGAAGCUUCAGAGACCAAGAUGCCCUGACACAGAGGCUUGUAAUUUUGGUAAAGGACAAUGGGCAGCCCAGUCUCUCCAGUGCGGUGACAAUUUUGUUUUCAGUCCUAGAUAACGUUACUGAAAACUUCUCUGAGCGAAAAAACAAGCCCAGAAAUCCCGAAUUAUUUUCUGAUUUAAAUUUGUUGCUAAUCGUAACUUUAGGGUCAACUUCAUGUAUAUUUCUACUAAUAAUAUUGCUUCUACUCGCCCUUAAGUGCAGACAAGACAGGAACAUUUACGGCUACACAUCCGGAAUUUGUUGUUACAGACGGAGGAAUUCCUCUGAUGCCUUUAAAGGUCGAUGUGUCCCAAAAACAACUUUUAAUUGCCCCGACAGUGCUCAAACUUUGCCUAUCCGGGAAUCGUAUAAUUACACGGUUUGUCUCUCUCCUGAAUCCUCUAAGAGUGAUUUUUUGUUUUUAAAACCGUGCCAUCCGACCUUGCCUCUCGAUGAUGUCAACAUUCGUGACACAGGGAAAUAAUUGAGCUUGACAUGUUUACUAUAAUUGAUUUGCGAGUCAUAAAUCUAUAUAUACGCAGCGAAGAAAUUAGUGUUCUAUGUAUGAGUAUGUGCGUGGAUGGCACAACGUACGUAUUUAUAUACAGGGGCAUAUAUCUAACAUUUGCAGUCUCAUGAUUGCUAAUUGAUCAUCGCUAUUAACAUUAAAAGCAGUAUUUUAAGCACGUGAAUUACCAGUGGAGAAAAGCUAAGCAUUAUUAAUAAUUAACCUGCUCAGAUGAACUACAGAAAAAUCUGAUAACUCUUUCUAAAACAGUGUGGUGUUAAUAGCUCUACUGAACUUUUUAUUUUUAAUCGUAUAUGUGCUACUUUGAUACCUUGGCUUAAAAGUUGUUUUUUGUGCAAAUAUUGACAUUGUUUUAAGAAAGUAUCGUCCUCUUAGAAAGAUUUCACAAUCACUGAACUUCUUUGCAAUCUGUCGAGUGAGAUGACACAAUUGGCUGUGUAACAUUGCGAUUAAAUUCAAAAA